GUGUAAAUUUUUGCGGGAUGUAAACAAACAAAAUAAACAAAAUACCGGCACGCGCUAAAGGAAGAGAUUUUUUCGUUGUGUUUUAUUCGUGAAAUCGGUGUUAAUUAUUAAUUUAAAAUGAACUGCAUAAUUACGGGUUCUAACGUGAAGAUUUUAGCGCGAACGGUUAAUUUCUUUUCGAAAAUCGGCAAUGAGCUGCAGCUGGAGGCUUUGCCAACCGGUCUCUGCCUCAAGGCCAUCAAUUCGAUGAACACGGCUUACGUUAUGGCCAACUUCCACAAGAGUUUCUUUAUCAGCUUCCGGCAGGGGGCAAACGAUCGGUUCGAGGAAAACAAUUGCAAAAUUUCGAUCAAACCAGUGCUGAGGAUUUUCAAAAGUUUGGCCAAAAUUCAGCUCUGCAAGAUUUGGCUCCAGCUGGAUAGAAUGAAAAUCAUUUUCCAGUUCAAGUGUAAGUCGGAUGUUCUCAAGACCCACAUCAUCACCCUGCUGGAACACGAACACGUCAACGCCCUGCGGCUGCCGGAAGAUUUCCCAAAUAAAAUCGUCGGAGAUCACAAAAUUUUCAGCAAUAUUUUGGUUCACUUCCACAACUCUAUCGACGAGAUUACGUUCAACACGGAGGCUGAACAAAUUGUGGUCACCAACUACAUCGAGGACACGACAAAGGAACGCACUGCCAUGAGGUCCACUUUUACCGUGGAAAACACGGCCUUCCGGCUGUACCAGUUGGAGUCCCCGUCCAAUAUUACCUUUUGCUACAAGGAGUUCAAAGCGAUGGCGUACUUUGCCGAACACAACCGGAUGGUGGUGGAAAUGAACUUUGACCAGGCUGGAACACCGAUCAUGAUUCGGAUGAAGAAGGAAAACGUGCUGAGCAUCAACUUCAUUAUCGGCACCAUGCGGCCCCGGUUGGCCAAGGAGAACCGGAGCGUGCAGCGGGCAAACCGGAAGUUGAUGGACAACUCGAAGCACAAGCAGACGUCGGUGAGGCAGGUGGACAGCGAGCGAAUCGACACGUGCAACUCGUCGUUCAGUCAGGUUAGUAACAAUUCGCAAAUGUUAGAUUCUAGCGUAAGGAACAGUUGCAUACGGGAGAACAAUUCAGAGCAAGAGAUUGACUUGCCUCUUUCAAUGGUCAAUCAACCCGUUGCGGCCGCUCGCCGAAGUGAGUUGCCGUCAGGCGGUAGAUCGAAAGAAUCUCUCGGUUCGAGACUGGAUCCGCGAGUUUCUCUGGCUCCCAAUGCACCUGCUGCCCGAAUUCCAAACCCAGCACCCAUACAAACUGAAGACUCCUACGAUAUUGUCUUUGCUGGUAACACGGACGAUCCGAACUCGGAGAGUCAAGCCCUAACUCCGACACUGUCGGGCAAACGUCCGGGUUCACCUUCGCACAACGUUCUCAACUCGAAUGAGAAACGGCAAAAUACUCGCUCGGAAAACGUGUUCAGUGAGGACCGGUCGUCGGUGCGUCAAACCAUUCCAGAAUCGGUCCCCGAGUCGCCGGAAGCGGCGGCACAGCGACGGCAAAAGCAGGAAAAACUCCGUCGCGUGUUGGGCAAGUGCUUCGAGACAACGUUCGAUCCCCGUAGAAUGGCCGGAUCGUCUCAAACCUACGCAGAGGAUUCGGAUCCCGAUGACAAGUAAGUGAAAUACAGAGAUUUCGUUGUUGUUACUCAA